AUGGGCAGACGGUACCCGGAGGCUCACUGUCAUCCAGGCAGCUCAUCUGCCUCGGGUGUGGACACUCUGGCGGUGUUUAUGGCCAGCAGCGGCACCACGGAUGCCACGCAUCGGAACGGCCCGGUCACCCCACCCAACACCCUCCAUCUCCGCUCCUCCCACAAUGAGCAGCUGAACGCCGAGAUCAAGCACACGGGAGCCAAGGACAGCACCCCCCCCAAAUGCAGGAAGAAGUAUGCCCUGACAAACAUCCAGGCCGCCAUGGGCCUCUCCGACCCCGCCGCCCAGCCUCUGCUGGGCACCAGCUCGGCCAACAUCAAGCUGGUGAAGAACGGGGAGAACCAGCUGCGGAAGGCUGCCGAGCAGGGGCAGCAGGACCCCAACAAGAACGCCAGCCCCGCCGCCGUCAUCAACAUCACGUCCGAGAAGUUAGAAGGCAAAGAGCCCCAGCCGCAGGGUUCCCCGGCCUGUGACCUCUUACCCUCCCAACCCAGGAGAACCAAGAGCUUCCUCAACUACUAUGCAGACCUGGAGACCUCCACCAGGGCGCUGGAGCCGGACCCGGUCCGGGAGGUGGAGAAGGCCCCGCCGGGCCAGGGCCAGGCCUCCCCCGGCGUCAUCGGGAACGGGGACACGCCACCGCAGAAACCAAACAAGUCCCAGUUCAGCCCCGAAGAUGGCCCGGUCGCCACCGUGUCGUCCAGCCCCGAGACCAAGAAGGACCAUCCGAAGACGGGGGCCAAGACGGACUGCGCCCUGCACCGGAUCCAGAACCUGGCGCCCAGCGACGAGGAGUCCAGCUGGACCACCCUGUCCCACGACAGCGCCUCGCCCAGCUCCCCGGACGAAGCAGAUGUAUGGAGUGAUCACUCAUUUCAGACUGACCCGGAUUUGCCUCCUGGCUGGAAAAGAGUCAACGACAUCGCUGGGACCUACUACUGGCACAUACCAACAGGAACGACGCAGUGGGAGCGCCCCGUCUCCGCCCCGUCGGACCUUCAGGGGUCGAGGAAAGGCUCGCUUAGUUCUGUAACGCCAUCUCCCACCCCAGAGAGCGAGAAACAGCCAUGGAGUGAUUUUGCUGUUCUGAAUGGGGGAAAGAUUAAUAGUGACAUUUGGAAGGACCUGCACGCAGCCACCGUGAACCCGGACCCCAGUCUCAAAGAGUUUGAAGGAGCCACACUGCGCUACGCAUCUUUGAAACUCAGAAACGCCCCUCAUGCUGAGGACGACGAUUCUUGUAGUAUCAACAGUGACCCAGAAGCGAAGUGUUUUGCUGUGCGCUCCCUGGGAUGGGUGGAAAUGGCAGAGGAGGACCUGGCCCCCGGGAAAAGCAGCGUUGCCGUCAACAACUGCAUCAGGCAGCUCUCCUACUGCAAAAACGACAUCCGGGACACGGUCGGCAUUUGGGGAGAGGGCAAGGACAUGUACCUGAUCCUGGAGAACGACACGCUCAGCCUGGUGGACCCCAUGGACCGCACGGUCCUGCACUCGCAGCCCAUCGUGAGCAUCCGCGUGUGGGGCGUGGGCCGCGACAACGGCCGAGAUUUUGCUUAUGUAGCAAGAGACAGAGAUACCCGGAUUUUGAAAUGUCAUGUAUUUCGAUGUGACACACCAGCAAAAGCCAUUGCCACGAGUCUCCACGAGAUCUGCUCCAAGAUUAUGGCCGAACGGAAGAAUGCCAAAGCCCUGGCCUGCAGCUCCUUACAGGAAAGAACCAAUGUGAAUCUCGACGUCCCCUUGCAAGUAGAUUUCCCGACACCAAAGACCGAGCUGGUGCAGAAGUUCCACGUGCAGUACCUGGGCAUGUUACCUGUGGACAAGCCAGUCGGAAUGGACACCCUGAACAAUGCCAUAGAAAGUCUAAUGACCUCGUCCAGCCAGGAGGACUGGCCGUCCGUGAACAUGAGCGUGGCCGAUGCCACUGUGACGGUCAUCAGUGAGAAGGAUGAAGAGGAGAUCCUAGUGGAGUGCCGCGUGCGGUUCCUGUCCUUCAUGGGCGUCGGGAAGGACAUCCAUACGUUUGCCUUCAUCAUGGACACGGGGAACCAGCGCUUCGAGUGCCACGUGUUCUGGUGCGAGCCCAAUGCCGCGAACGUGUCCGAGGCGGUGCAGGCCGCCUGCAUGCUGCGAUACCAGAAGUGCUUGGUCGCCAGGCCGCCCUCCCAGAAGGUCCGGCCGCCGCCUCCGCCCGCGGACUCGGUGACCAGACGGGUCACGACCAACGUGAAGCGCGGGGUCUUGUCCCUCAUUGACACUUUGAAACAGAAGCGCCCCGUCACGGAAACGCCGUAG